AUGGAGUAUAAAAACGCGCAGGAGUUCUGGAAACAGAGCCUACCCCAGUUUGAGCCUUGUUUCUUGAGUCACCUGGCUGCUCCUUCCGCUGCCGCCACCGGCAGAGCCUCGGUCGACUGCAAGAUUGCAGGCUCAACCAUCCAAUUUUUCCGACAAGCAUCCACGACGUCUACGAUAGUUACUCUCCAGACAGCCUGGGCAGCUGUUUUGGGCCGGUAUCUUGCGUCAGACUCGCUAAGCUUUGUGAGUACUGUGACCCGAAGUGACUCCGUGCAGAACAAUCUCUGCCAUGUCGAAUGGGAGGGAGAGACCACCGUUGGCGAAGCUGCCGAUCGCCUGGAAAAAUGGCAUGCCAGCUCCUCGCCAUAUCUGAAUCUUUCCCUCUCUGAUUUGGUGCCAACGACUCCCAUCUGUGAUACUGCGGUUCAAGUGGUCUUUUCAUCUCCGUCAGAAUCCGAUGAGGCAAUAGCCAAGUACAAAGUUGUUGCCAGUCUUCUUUGCAACGAGAACAACGUGAAACUUGUUCUGCAGUAUGCUCCACAGGCAAUUAGUGCUGCGCAAAUGGCUAGUAUUGCCGGUUCUUUGGAGAAAAGUCUAGAAAUUGUGAUAAGCUCGCCAUCCCAGAAGUUUUCAGGAUUAGACUUGUGCUCCGAUCAUGAUCUGAAUCAAUUGUUCUCUAUCAAUGCCGCACUCCCGGAAACUGUUGAUUCUUGCCUUCACAUUCUUUUUGAACAGCGAGCAAUUCUUCAGCCGAAUGCAACUGCUGCUGUGGGAUAUGGAGGCCCAAUGACUUAUAGGCAGCUAAACUUAUGGGCUGAACGACUAGCUACUGUCCUUCGGGACAUGGGCGUUGGGCCUGAGGUUUACGUUCCAUUCUGUUUUGAAAAGUCAACAGUGACAAUUGUGGCCAUGCUAGCCAUUCUCAAAGCAGGAGGCGCCUGUGUGGCCCUCAACCCUGCACAUCCUAUCAACCGCCUUGAGACAAUCUUGCGAAAAUGCGACGCAAAAGUUGUCUUGACCGAUGAUUCACAUGGCACCAUGUUCUCCGGUAUCGUGGACCAUGUCGUUGUCAUGACCUCGAAUUCGCAGUAUAACAAGAUUCUGACUAGCGAAACAAUCACGUCUAGCAUAUCUUCCAAGGCUGUUGUUACUUCGCGAAACCCUGCAUUCGUUGUGUUCACUUCCGGAAGCACAGGUGAGCCGAAGGGGAUUGUUUUGGAACAUCACGCUCUCUGCACCAGUAUGAGAAACCACGGCGCUGCCAUGCGUCUUGACCCUCAAUCCCGAUCACUUCAAUUUGCUGCAUAUACGUUUGAUGUUAGCAUUGGAGAAAUAUUUACCACUUUACUAUAUGGAGGUUGUGUAUGUGUUCCUUCGGAAGAAGAAAAGAUGAAUGACCUCGCUGGUGUCAUUGGUCGCCUCAAUGUCAACUGGGCAUAUCUAACACCCACUGUGGCGAGUCUGCUGAACCCAAGUGAAGUUCCGACUUUGAAAACCCUUUCUCUUGGAGGUGAAGCUGUUAAACAGGAGAACAUUCAAACUUGGGCUGAACAUGUUUACCUCAUCAACAUAUAUGGUCCAGCUGAGACAACAAUCUGGUCUACCGGUCUGGUUAAUCUCAAGGUUGAUACGCCUGCUACAAAUCUUGGUGUUGGAUUGGGAGCUCUUAUGUGGGUGACAUCUUCGGAGGAUCCAAAUAAACUCUGCCCUGUUGGUGCAGUCGGCGAAAUUCUUAUCGAGGGUCCGAUCCUCGCCAGAGGCUAUCUAAAGGACAAAGCAAAAACCGACGCUGCCUUCAUUGAAAACCCUGCAUGGCUACCAAAGGGUCCUAAAUCUCGUCGCCUUUAUCGAUCGGCCGAUCUGGGUUAUUUGAACCCGGAUGGCACCCUGAGUUUUAUUGGACGUCGUGACAACCAAGUCAAGAUGUACGGUCAGCGGAUUGAGAUGGGCGAAAUUGAAUUUCAUUUGAAGCAAAAUUUCGCCGCUCUUCAAUCGGGAGCAGUUGAAAUGAUAAAACCAAAGGUCCAAAAUGAACAGCCCGUUUUGGCUGCUUUCUUGUGUCUCAAAUAUUCGCAGGGACAGAAUUCUGGCGACGAACCGAUGGUACCUAUGACAGACGAUAUGCGGAAAUCUCUAUUGGCACUCAAAGAUUCUCUGACUCUUCACCUUCCAUCAUACAUGGUCCCCUCGUUAUUUGUUCCAUUAGUACGCAUGCCUACGUCGGUGUCUGGAAAAUUAAACCGUCGCCAUCUUCGGGAACUGGGCUCAGAAUUUAGUGCUGAGAAGAUCUCCUCCUACGGUCUUGCAAGCAUUACUAAGGAGGCACCAGUAACCGAGAAUGAGAAAUUCUUGCAAGGUAUGUGGGUAGAAGCUCUUGGUAUGCCUGGUCAAUCCAUUGGCAGACAAGAUAGCUUUUUCCAACUUGGCGGUGACUCAAUCACCGCUAUGAAGUUGGUCAAAGCUAUUAGAAAUGAAGGAAAGAUUCUGACUAUGUCGAACAUCUUCCGACAGCCAACCCUCAUGAAUAUGGCCAAAGUAUUGGAUACAUCAAUUGAAGGGGAAAUGAAGGCUGAGAUUCAGCCAUUUUCUCUUCUAAAUGAUAAGGAACGGAUUCUGGACCAUGUAACCAGCACAUGGGGCGUCGCAAGAUCGGAGAUUGAGGAUAUCUAUCCUACUACUCCUCUUCAGGAAGGUCUCAUGGCUGUAACUCAAAGACGCCCAGGAACAUAUAUUUAUCAGAAUGUUUUUGACCUGCCAUCUGAUCUUGAUAUCCAAAGAUAUCGGAAAGCUUGGGAAAUUGCAGUUCAGACUAUUCAGAUACUGCGCAUCACCAUCGUCCCAGGAGACAACAUGGGCGCUUAUCAAGUGGUCACAAACCGUGGUAUCGAGUGGCAAGCUCCCGCCAAUGUUGAAGAGUAUCUGAAAGCAGAUUCUGAGAAGAGUAUGCAGUAUGGUGAUCCAUUAGCGAGGUACGCCAUUAUGGACAGGGAUGGCCAGGCACCGGUCUUUGUCUGGACAGCCCACCACGUGCUCUACGAUGGAUGGUCCUUACCAUUGCUUCUAAAGCGUGUUGAAGAACUAUACAAGGCCAACGGGGCCCGUCUGGAAGCAAGCACCGUUCCUUUCCAGGAUUUUAUUGACCACCUUCAGAGAGCCGAUACAGUAGCGGCUGAAAAUUUCUGGAAGGGACAGCUAUCCGGCAUAUCUCCUCCCAAAUUCCCACAUUUGCCAUCCGUUACCUAUGAACCACGCGUCAAUGAAAUCCAUUCUCACCAGUUUGCUCUAUCCAGGCUCUCAGCUUCUGAAACUACAAGCUCUACGUUGAUUAGAGCCGCCUGGGCCCUUUUGAUGAGCCAGUACUCCGAUGCGGGCGAUGAUAUUGUAUUUGGUAUUACAACUGCGGGCAGAAGUGCAGAUAUCCCAGGAAUCACCGAUAUGAUUGCACCAACCAUCGCCACCGUGCCCGUUAGAGUUCCAAUUGAUAAGGAACGGUCUGUUUCCCAACUCCUUAGGCAGGUUCAGUCUCAAACAGUAGACAUGAUACCAUAUGAACAUAUUGGUUUGCAGAAUAUUGCCAAGAUUAAUCGGGAAUGCCGCAUGGCAUGUGGAUUCCAGAACUUGCUCGUCGUCCAACCCGAGGAAGACGAGAGUUUGAAAAGCACCAUUGGUAUCCAGCAAAGAUCUGAUCCAGCUGUGGGAAUUCACACCUACGCGCUAGUUGUUCAAGCAAUGCUCCAGGGUAAUUUUAUCAAGCUCCUGAUUGACUUUGACAACAAUGUGCUCUCAUCAUGGCAGGUGGAGCGUAUCUGCUACCAACUCGAACAUAUUAUUUGCCAACUCUCUUCAAAUGUAUCAACCCCGAUUGGUAAACUUAAUCUCUGCUCUGAUAGAGACGUCUCUCAGUUGAUGGACUGGAACCACGACUUCCCCUACGUUGAAACGAGAUGUAUCCACCAAAUUAUCGAAAUCCAGGCGCGCGAAACCCCAAAUGCUGAAGCCAUCUGCUCCUGGGAUGGGUCCUUCACUUAUAAGGAAGUUGACCAAUUGUCAAACAGGCUUGCACGCUUUUUGAUCCAACAGGGAGUUGGGCCAGAAGUUCUUGUUCCAUACUGUUUCCACAAGUCAGCAUGGACUGCUAUUGUAAUGUUGGCAAUAGUCAAGGCUGGGGGCGCUUGUGUGGCACUUGAUCCUGGACACCCAGUUGACCGAAUAGAAACCAUUAUCAGCAAUGCCAAUGCCAAGGUCGUUAUCACCACCGCUGAACUUAGUCACAAAUUUGGAAGCCUGGUUCCUCACGUGGUAGCAUUCAGCCCUGAGUUUUUGAACAUCUUAAAGGACGACAGCCCCAUCCCUUGCCGAACAACAUCCAAUAACCCAGUCUUCGUUCUUUUCACUUCUGGUAGUACAGGAAAACCAAAAGGAAUUGUAAUUGAACACGGCAUGUUUGCAACAAGUGCAGCAGCCCACAGUCAAGCGUUUGGCAUUACCUCAGAAUCCCGUGUUUUCCAGUUUGCGGCUUAUACUUUCGAUGUUAGCGUCGGUGAUAUCUUUACUACCUUGAUGAAAGGCGGAUGCAUUUGCGUUCCGUCCGACAUUGAGCGUAUGAACAACAUUGCUGGCGCGAUCAAUCGUAUGAAGGUCAACUACAGCUUCCUGACCCCUACUGUUGCAAAUCUUCUUUCCCCCGCCGAGGUGCCUACAUUGAAACGCCUUACAUUGGGUGGUGAAGCUUCUACAUACGAGAAUAUUCGGACAUGGGCUGAGCACAUCGAUCUUAUCAUCUGCUACGGUCCUGCUGAGUGCUCUGUAUACUGCUCUGCAAACCCUCCAGCGACUUUACAAAGCAACCCCGCUAUCCUCGGAAAAGCUGUCGGUGCACACAUCUGGAUCGUCGAUCCGACUGAUCAUAACAGACUCACCCCAGUUGGAUGUGUUGGUGAGCUCGUCGUGCAAGGACCGACUGUCGCAAGAGGCUAUCUCAAUGAACCCGAGAAAACUCGGGAUGCUUUCGUUGACGAUCCAGUAUGGCUAUCUAAGAGCAUUGCGGGAAAGUACCGGCGGAUUUACAAGACUGGCGAUCUUGCGCGUUACAACCCCGAUGGUACUCUGAGUUUCGUUGCUCGCAAAGACACGCAGGUCAAAGUGCGUGGCCAGCGAGUGGAGCUAGCAGAGAUUGAAGUGCAUCUUUCUCAGAGCCCAGAGAUUAAACACGCCUUGCUCUCAGUGCCUUCAUCUGGUAGUUACAAAGGCCGACUCGUUUGUGUACUUUCACUUCAACAGCUGUCACCUGGAAAGGGCGAUGCCAGUGAACGGGAAGUCCAGUUGAUUGGCGGUUCCGACGAAGAGAAAGCCGCUGAGAUGAUUGCUACUAUUCAAGAUCGACUGGUCGAAAAGCUACCCUCAUACAUGAUCCCAGCUGUCUGGGUGGUUAUGCGGAACAUUGUUCUCAAUCUUUCUGGAAAGAUGGAUCGUAAACAUGUCAAGGGAUGGCUCGAGGAUGUCGACGAGGCUAGCUACCUAUCCAUCGCCAAACUUGCAAACGCGAAAAUAGGUAGCGAUCGACCUAUCUCAGAGCUCGAGAAGAAGAUACAACUUGCCUUCAGCCAGACCCUGAAUCUUCCAACAGAUCAGAUUGGUCUCGAUACCUCCUUCCUCAUUUUAGGUGGUGAUUCCAUUUCCGCAAUGCAAGUUAUGUCUCGUCUACGCGCACAGAAAAUCGGCGUCACCGUUCAGGACAUAUUGCGCUCUCGAACUGUGUCUGCACUUGGAAAACGGGCUGAAAUCCAAGAGACAAACUCCAAAGAUACGGUUCAUGAUGUUGAAAUUAUUGACAAGUAUUUCGAUCUUGCUCCGAUCCAGAAGAGGUUUUUUGAUAUGCAGCCAUACGGCCAAAACCACUUCAACCAGAGCUUUGUACUACGCUUAGCCAAGGAUGUCCCCAUGGACCAAUUCAAGAACGCCCUCGAAGCUAUCGUGCAACGCCAUUCGAUGCUUCGAUCUCGAUAUGCCCACAUCGAUGGGCAUUGGCGCCAGAAACUGACUACUGAUAUCGCUUGCUCCCUCUCGGUGGAGCCCACUCAGGCAUUUACCAACCGUGAGGAUAUGUUAAGCCAAUUUUCCAGUGUUCAAAAGACCCUGGAUAUUACCAAAGGGCCGAUUAUUGCUGGACAAAUGGGCACAGCAUCCGGAACAAGUUAUAUCUUUAUCACAGUACACCAUCUCGUAAUUGAUCUCGUGUCGUGGCGCAUUAUCCUCGAGGAUCUUGAAGAUUUCCUCGUUUCAGGAAGCUUUAAAUUGCAACCAACUAUAAGCUUCCAGACAUGGUCCAAAUUGCAGAGCGAAUAUGCUUCUUCCAACAUGUCUGCUAAGGAUGUAACGAUGCUUAACUCCUCUCAGAGCAACUUUGAAUAUUGGAGCAUGGUUGGCCAGUCCAAUACUUGGGGUGAUAUUAUCGAGUCCUCGUUUGCCCUCGAUGAACGAAGAACAACUCUCCUCUUGGGCGAUGCUCAUAAAUCACUACGAACUCAACCUGUCGAUGUGAUGGUUUCCGCUUUGAUCUACUCUUUCCAAAAGGUGUUCACUGAUCGAACUGCACCUUCAGUAUUUCUAGAGGGGCACGGGCGCGAGCCUUGGACACCCGAUAUCGAUAUUUCCCAAACUGUGGGCUGGUUCACAACCAUGUUCCCGGUGGGAGCUGAUAUAGACUCGCAGACACUCACUUGGUUGGAUGUGGUGAAGAGAGUAAAGGAUAACCGUCAAAAGAUCCCAAACAACGGAUGGUCAUAUUUCACAGCCGCCUGCCUCAACCCUGAAGCCUCAAAGGCAGUUGAUAAUUUGGAUAUCGAGAUCCUCUUUAACUACUCUGGUCUUUAUCAGCAGCUGCAGAGAGCUGACGCACUCCUUCAAGGGACUGAUAUUUCAGGCACCGAUCUUGGAGAUAUUAGUCCUACUAUGCAACGCUAUUCACUGUUCGAAAUCACAGCCAGUGUCGUUGAGAGAGGAAGAAUGAACUUUUCCUUCGAGUUCAACAAGAACAUGUCUUGCCAGGAGUCAAUAAAAUCAUGGAUUGCACUGUGCUGUCAAUCACUCGAGGCUGGUAUUGAUCAGCUUAUAAGUACCGCAGAGACUGCUACCUUCGCAGAUUUCCCUUCACUGCCGCUGUUAUCCUACUCUGAGCUAGAGGAACUGACGGAGACAAUUCUUCCAGCCGCCGGGGUCCACAGUCUCAAUCAGGUAGAAACCAUUAUCCCAUGCUCCCCGAUGCAAUUGAGUCUUCUGUUAGCCCAGCUGAAGACCUCGGGCGAUUAUGAAUUCUACACUAUCAUUGAAGCCACCUCCAAAGCGGCUGAAAGUAUCAAUACCCAGUUGCUGCUUAAGAGCUGGCAGGAGGUUGUUGAUCGCCAUUCUGCGUUGAGAACUAUCUUUAUCCAGAGUGCUGUAUCUGGCAAGUCUUAUGACCAACUAGUUCUGAAAGAAAUAUCAGCGCGUGUAUCAGAAAUAUACAGCGAUGAGCCUAUAGAAGAUCUCCGAAAAAGACAGCCUGUUACCGCUUUUGACGGCAAGGUCGCCCAUCAACUGACGAUCUGUCACACCAGCACGGGCAGUGUUUUCUUCAAGCUAGAAGUGAAUCAUGCUCUCAUCGAUGGAACAUCAAUGGCCAUCAUACUUAGGGAUCUCAAGCGCGCAUACAGCGGAAAGCUCUUAGACCAUCAUCCAGCUCUUGCUUACUCGGAUUACGUCUCUUAUCUGCAAGAAGCUAAGACGCAGGAGUCAGUGGAUUUCUGGAAGAACCACCUGGAAGACAUUCAGCCGUGCCACUUCCCAAUUCUGGAUGAUGGCCGCGAUCAAGAUGCUGUUCUUGAAUCCGUGGAUGUCGAAUUACCCGACUUGACGCGCGACCGCCUUGCAGCAUUCUCCGAUCGCUAUGGGCUUACAGUUGCCAAUGUAAUUCAAACAGCCUGGGCGUUGGUUCUGCGUGCUUUUACCGGCACUGACUCUGUAUGCUACGGAUACUUGACUUCUGGUCGUGAUGCCCCACUGAGAGGCAUCGAAGAUUCUGUAGGGCCUUACAUUCACAUGUUAGUCUGCCGCCAGAAUUUUGACGCUAGCUCCCCUGCAUUGAAGGCCCUGCAAAUAAUGCAGGAUGAAUUCCUACAGGGAAUGUCGCAUCAAUAUGUGUCAUUGAAUGAGUUACAAAAUGUCCUUGGACUCUCUGGUCAAAAACUUUUCAAUACUGCUAUGUCCUUCCAGAGAUACCCGGCUGCAGAAAAUAGCGAGCUAGCUCUAGACGCUGUUUAUGACUUUGACCCAACAGAGUUCGAUAUUACCGUCAAUGUGGCAAUCACAGAGGAUGAUGGUCUCAAGGUUGACCUUACUCAUUGGACCUCCAAAGUUACCAGUGCCAACGCACUGAAUAUUGCACACACGUUUGCAGCUGCAAUCUCCUCCCUCUUCAAGAAUCCAGAAACCUUGAUAUCUGAAGUUGAUCUCCUAAGCAUCCGAGACAAGAAACAGCUGCAGCAGUGGACUGCAGAAGUUCCUGUCGCAGUCGAGCGUUGCAUGCACGAUGUUGUUAGUCAGAGAGCUAGGGAACGACCAACUGCUCAUGCACUUGAAUCAUGGGAAGCGACCUACACAUAUGAGCAGCUAGACAAAGUCACGGCUAGACUUUCAAGACAUUUUGCUGCCUUUGGAAUCAAGCCUGAUGACUGUAUUCCCCUCUGCUUUGAGAAGUCACUUUAUACAAUCGUGGCCAUGAUCGCUGUUCUCAAGGCUGGGGGUGCAUUCGUUCUUCUCGAUCCCAAAUUUCCCAACGAUCGUCUCAGAGGUAUCCUUGAAGAUAUCAAUGCCCGUUUCAUCAUUGCAUCUCCACAAACCGAAAACCGCUGCAAAGAACUGCUAGAAACCGUGGUCGUCGUAGCACCCGAUAUGAUAUCUUCAUUGCCUGCUAAUGAUACUCCGAUCGUGACAGCCGUCCAACCUCGCAACAUUAUGUAUGUGCAAUUCACGUCCGGCAGCACUGGAAAACCAAAGGGAGCUGUGGUCGAUCAUCUAGCUGCCUGUUCGUCAAUUAAGUACCACGGAAAGGCUAUGAGAUAUGGACCUGAUGCGCGGGUCUAUCAGUUCUCCUCUUACACAUUCGACGCUAUUAUUCUUGAGGCUUUUACAACUCUAUAUCAUGGUGGCUGCGUCUGCGUGCCAUCUGAGGAAGACCGCAUGAGCAGAAUGGCAGCGUCGAUGAGAGAACUAAACGUCAAUCUGAUGUUCAUGACUCCUACAUUGGCUCGUUUAUUCAAGCCCGAGGAUGUUCCGUCUCUCGUAACUCUCAUGCUUGGUGGCGAACCUAUCCCUCAGGAUUGUAUGGAGACCUGGGCAGAUAGGGUUAACUUGAUCGGGGGUUAUGGACCAGCAGAGUGCUGCGUGUACUGCUGCUACAAUCCACUCAGUGAAACCAAGCUUCGACCUGAUGUUAUCGGUUUCCCUGUUGGCUCUGUUCCUUGGGUUGUUGACACUGACGAUCAUAACAAACUUGUUCCUGUCGGUGCUGUUGGUGAACUAUUAGUCCACGGUCCUAUUGUCGGACGAUGCUACUUAGGUGACAAAGUCAAAACACAGGCCAGCUUCAUCUCUAGUCCAUCUUGGAUGACAAAUUACUACCAAGAAGAGCAAAGGUUGUACAAGACUGGGGAUUUGGUUCGGUUCAAUUCUGAUGGCACGUUAACAAUCAUUGGCCGAAAGGAUACCCAGGUCAAACUGAACGGGCAGCGUAUCGAGCUUGGAGAGAUUGAAUAUCAUAUCAAGUCAAAAUUCCCCAAGGUCCUUCAAGUUGCUGUUGAUGCACUCCAGCCCGCUUCUGACCAAGGGCGACAAAUUCUCUCCGCCUUCCUCGACUUUGGGGUAAGCGAAGUAUCCAAAACAGCCCAUUCUAGUUCGGAUAUGUUGCUGCCUAUUUCUGAUAGCCUCCGCGACCAUAUGCUUGAAAUUGAGCAUGUUCUAUCACAUUUAGUUCCUCCCUACAUGGUUCCUCGACUAUGGUUCCCAUUAAGAAGCAUGCCGAAAUCUGCCUCUGGAAAGACUGACCGUAAGGCUUUGAAGGAACACUGCAACGCUCUGACUACAGAUCAGCUCAAGGCAUAUGGUCUUGCAGGAGGAAGUCAACAGGCCCUUAGCACUGAGGUAGAAAAGAUUGUACACGGGUUGUGGAAGAAGAUCCUACAUACCGAACAACUCGACGCUAACGAUAACUUUUUCCGCGUUGGUGGUGAUUCAAUUGCGGCGAUGAACCUGGCUACUGAAGCUCAGCGACAAGGUCUAUCUUUGACGGUUUCAAGCAUCUUCAUGAAUCCAAGGCUCAGUGACAUGGCCAAGGCAAUUGAAGCUGCUUCCCAAACACCAAUCGCAGUACCCUACGCUGGGCCAUUCAGUCUUGUUCGUGGUUCUGAAAAUGGUCAACGUAUUGCCGCAGACUUUGUGCCCAGCCUCAGCGCAGAGGUUGUUGAGGAUGUAUAUCCUGCAACACCGCUCCAAGAAGGUCUGAUAAUUCUAACCAUCAACGACCCUAGCAGUUACGUACACCGUGCUGUGUUCAGGCUCCCGCGUGAUAUUGACCAAGACCGCUUCCGAGAAGCAUGGGCUAAUGUUUUCGAACAAAACGCUAUACUGCGAACGACAUUAGUUCCGUCGGAAACAUUUGGUACUUGCCAGGUUGUAGUGCGCAGAAAGAUAGAAUGGGCUACUUCCCCCUCUUUGGAUACAUACCUUGCAAAUGACACACAGAUACCGAUCACUUGGGGCUCCCUUCUCACUCGAUAUGGCACAACGGAGGACGGACAUUUCAUUUGGACAGCGCAUCACUCCAUCUACGACGGUUGGAGCUUUUCAAUCAUGAUGGAACAAGUUUCAAAAUCUUACUUGAAUCAGCCAAUCCGACAAGGACCCUCCUUCCAGGAGUUCAUUCAAUAUCUUCAGAAAAACGAAGACACACAAGUCUCAGUAGAUUUCUGGAAAACCAAAUUCGAGGGAGCUGCUCCAGUAGUCUUUCCGCAACUACCAAACCCGACGUACAAAAAACAUGUCAGCAAAUCCCAUCGCCUAACAAUGACGAACAUUGAUCUUCCAGGAAACGCCGACAUCACUAUGUCAACCGUUCUUUCUGGUGCAUGGGGUUUGACUAUCGGCCAGUCAACAAAUAUCUCUGACGUUGUCUUCGGUACCACGCGUAGUGGCCGUAAUGUUGAUGUUCCUGGUGUCGUAGAUAUCAUGGGUCCUACGAUUACAACAAUUCCUGUCCGAAUGGUAUUAGACCCUAGCAUCUCAGUUCACCAAUUCCUUACAAAGGUCCAAAUCCAAGCAACUGAGACAAUUCCUCACGAGCAUCUUGGCCUCCAGAAUAUUCGCAAGAUCAAUAAUUACUGCAAAGCUGCAUGUGAAUUUGAGAAUUUGUUUGUUGUACAAACCCCUUUUGCAACCGAAGGAUCGCUAGGUUUGGAAGAAAUUGAGAUCCACGAGUCAGGCCUCCAUACAUAUGGCCUUAACGUUGAGUGCCACAUCCUCAAGGACAAUAGUGUCAGCGUGAACUUCGAAUACGACUCUAGCCUAAUACCUACAUUCAAUGUUGAACGGCUCGCAGGACACUUCCAACAUGCAGUGCGGCAGUUAAGUAAUUUGUCGGAGUCAACCGCUCUUGGUGAAAUCGAGACAUUCAGUCCAGAGGAUAGGAAGAUGAUGCAAAGAUGGAAUGCAACACCUUAUCCCGCGGUUAACAAAACAGUGGAUGGAAUUAUUCGCGCCCAAGCCGAUCUCCGACCUUCAUCCACUGCCCUCACUCAGUCAGACGGUAUCUCCUAUACUUACGCACAGCUUGAUAAAGCAUCGACUGUCUUAGCUCAGGAACUUUCUGAUCUCGGCGUCACGGAGGGGCAUGUUAUUCCGAUUUGCUUGAGGAAAUCAGCACUGGUCGUUAUUUCCAUGCUUGCAAUCGCCAAAUGCGGUGCAGCAUUCAUUUGUUUCGAGCCCUCAAUGCCUGCCGACCGAAUGGAAUUUAUCAUCAAAGAAAUCACAGCACCUAUAGUCAUUACUGACUACCAGACAUGCAACAUGUUCCAAGGUGAAAGCGCAACGGUACAUACAACGGCUUCUCCUGUCAUCAUCACGAAGUCCUUAAUUGAGAGACUCAUUACUACUACAUAUGUCACCAUGAAGCCUAAGUCAACGCCACACGAACUAGCGUAUCUCAUAUUUACGUCUGGAAGCACCGGAAAGCCUAAGGGUGUUAUGAUUGAGCAUGCAUCGUUCUGCUCUAGUAUGACCUACCAGAGCAAAUUCUACGGGUUUAAUGAAAAUACUCGCACCCUGCAAUUCUGUUCCUUGACAUUUGAUGCGUCUCUUAUGGAAAUAUUCUCGACGCUGUGCGUAGGAGGCUGUGUCUGCUUCCCUUCGGAGGAAGAGAGGAAUGGAGAUUGGGUUACGGCGGCCAACGAACUACAAAUCAAUGCCGCUAUGCUCACACCAACUGUGCUUCGCACAACACGACCAGAAGAUAUCCCAUCUCUCAAAGUGCUUAUUACAGGUGGAGAAGCUGUUGGACAAGAUAUUGUGCGCGCCUGGAGCAAUUCAGUGAAAUUGAUCAACGUUUACGGACCCACUGAAACUACAAUGGUGUGUAUUAUGACAACAAUGGAUGCCAACUCCUCUCCUGCAAGAAUUGGAUACCCAGUAGGCUGCAAGUCCUGGGUGACAAUUCCCGAUGAUCAUAACCGGCUUGCUCCACUAGGAUCAAUUGGAGAACUUGUUAUCCAGGGUCCUUACGUUAGUCGCGGCUACUACAAAGAGCCUGAGAAGACAGCGGAGGUCUUUAUCGAUACUCCCAGUUGGCUCUCCCAGCAAUUCUCCCAGACAGGUCGUGUCUACAAGACGGGAGAUCUUGUCUAUUACGCUGAAGAUGGGUCCAUUGUUAUUGUUGGUCGAAAAGACAACCAGAUCAAGAUCCGUGGUCUUCGUGUUGAACUUGGGGAAAUUGAACACAAUCUACAGGCACAUACAGAUGUUGUGCAAGCAUCUGUUGUUUUCCCCAAGGUUGGUCUAAGCAAAGACAAGCUGGUAGCUGUUAUGACAUUACAUGGUGUUGAAGACAGAGUCUCGGGUUCUGCAGAUCUCCAGCUACUUACAGGAGAUGUCAAAAAGUAUGCCGAUUCUCGAAUCCAAGCUAUCCGAAAGAGUCUGGAAGAACGACUCCCACUGUACAUGGUUCCUUCAAUCUUCGUUGCCGUUUCCAAAAUGCCGAGACAAAUCUCCAGUAAGACAGACACUCGUACAGUGAAGAAGUGGAUCGAGGAAAUGGAUGAACACACCUAUUUCACGCUCUUAGACAUCGGAGCUUCCUCUGGUCCAGUUGAGCCAACAAACGAGGUCGAAGAGCAAAUCCAGAAGACAUUUGCCCGUCUCCUAAGUCUGCAACCAAAUCAAGUGAUGUUGAAUCGGUCUUUUAUCAGUCUUGGUGGUGAUUCGAUCUCAGCGAUGAAGGCAAUGGCUAGUUUGAAGGAUGCAGGAAUUUCUCUGACAAUCAAAGAGAUUCUUCGUAGCGAAUCAAUUACGGAUCUGGCGAACAUCGCUUCCAGCCAAAAGCCCUCGCUACCUACAGAUAGCGAAAUUGGCUUGUGGACAGACCUAUCAACAAGCCAAUCCGAACUUAUCAAUGAGACCUCAGAUAACGAUGAUGAUGGUGUUGUUUCUGAGACCCUACAAUCACUCACUGACAGUAUCUUAGUGUCCAUGAAGACAGGCGUGACGGAGAGUGGUGUUCGUGAUGCAAUACACAAUGUCGCAACACUUCAUUCAGCUCUACGAGCACGCUUCAAGCUCGGGGCUGAAGGGCACUGGAUGACCACAAUCUCUUCAUCUAUCGAGUCUUCCUAUAUUUGCGAUGUUACUAAGAAUUGUAAAAAGUCUGAUGUUGAUUCAAUUACUAAAUCAACCACAAAGAGAUUGGAUAUUAUCGCUGGACCAGUAUUUGGGGCACAUUUGCUGCUCCCUCAGCAAGGAGAGCCUCUUCUUUUCCUUGUGGCACACCGUCUUGUCUCCGAUGCGGCACCAUGGUCGAUUAUUUUGAAAGAUCUGGGCGUUGUAAACUACCCACUUCUUGCAAUGACUUAUGACGAGCAUGAAAUGCUCCUCCAUAACAGACUACCUGAGAUUGGUAUCUCAACACCAAGUGAGGUAGAGGAUAUAUACCCUUGCUCGCCACUUCAGGAAGGCUUGCUUCUUGCUCAAACCAAGGGAACUGGCAGUUAUCACACCAGUCAUAUUCAAGAAAUAACUUCAAGUAGUCACAUCAAUGUCCAGAUUGUUAUUAGCGCUUGGAAGAAGAUGGUGAGCAGACAUCAGAUUCUACGUACGAUUUUCAUUCAGGGCGUCAACCACCGGGCUACUUUUGUUCAAUUGGUACUUCGUAGUAUUACCGUUGAUCCUAUUGUCUUGGAAACUAAUGGCUUGGAUGCAAUUGAAAAACUCCAGAACGAACCACAAGCCACUGAUUUUGGAGCUUUGGAGCCAUGGCAUAGGCUACUUAUUUGCCAGGAUAAGUCUGGCAAAACGUUCUGUCGACUCGAUAUUCACCACGCCCUAUUUGAUGGCACUGCAUUGAAUAUUCUAUUUCAAGACCUAGCAUCUACUUAUGGAAAGGGAGAGAUCCCCAUUACACAGAGUCUCUUCAGUGACUACGUCGCUUACCUGCUCGCGCGACCGCCAGACUCAGCCCUUGCAUACUGGAAAGACUUCCUUAGCGGUUUGGAGCCCUGCAAUUUCCCAUCUAUGAAUACCGAAAUUGAAAGUCCACGCGAAACCAAAUCUUUGGAAUUUGAUGUUCGCAACUUUGCUAGCAUUCAGUCUCUCUCGUCUAAGAGAAAUGUCACUAUUUCCACCAUCUUGCAAACAGCAUGGGCUUUGGUACUACGUCAGUACACAGGAAGCGAUGAUGUCUCUUUCGGCUUCCUUUCCAACGGCCGCGAUAUUCCACUCAACAAUGUCAACAGCCUUGUCGGCCCACUGAUCAAUAUGUUGGUCUGUCGUAUGAAGCUAGGCUCAGACUCAUACCUCAAGGACAUUCUUGACAGCACGCAGGAUAACUUUUUGAAUAGCUUGUCCUACCAACACACAUCUUUGGCUGAGAUCUACCACGCUUUGAAUCUCAAUGGCAGAUCGCUCUUCAAUACUUCACUCUCAUUUGUGAAUGAGUUGAGUGAGGAACAUGACGGCCUUAACUCUGCAAUUAACUUUAUCAGCGUUGGUGGUAAAGGUUCCACAGAGUAUGAUAUUGCCAUCAAUGCAAGCGUUUCCGGUGGUGUGAUGCAAGUAGCAUUCACAUAUAGGUCAUCUUCUCUAUCUACGGAACAAGCUAAUCACUUAGCGGAGGCAUUCAUCAAGUCCAUUGAUAUUCUGGUUGACACUCCUGAGGACGUUCCGUUGAACCAGGUUGACUUUACAAGCGAUCUCACCUAUAGCCAACUACGGGCAUGGAAUUCAAAACCCUUGAAACCUGUUUAUGAGUGUGUCCACGACCUCUUCAAACGCGCAUCACGCACCUAUCCGCAUAACACGGCCAUCUGCUCCUCUGAGGGUGAUUUCACUUAUAAACAGUUGGAUGACCUUACCACACGCUUUUCUCAACUUCUCAAAGAGCGAGGUGUCGGCCCAGAAAUCCUGGUUCCAGUUUGCUUCAAGAAGUCGGCAUGGACUAUUGUUUCUAUGAUUAGUAUCCUAAAGGCUGGCGGUGCUUGUGUACCUCUCGAUCCAUCUCACCCAGACAGCCGUAUCCAAGAGAUUAUUAACAACUGCAAAUCCAAUCUCCUCAUUUCGGCACCACAGUUUGCUUCCCGCCUUGCUCCCUUGGUGAAAUCAGUUAUCCAGGUUGACCACACAUUUAUCAAAUCUUUGGCUUCGGUCAACCGCCGAGACACCCGAUCUAAUGUUAGCCCUCUCAACCCCGCUUUCAUUGUGUUCACAUCCGGAAGUACUGGAAAACCAAAGGGAAUCGUUCUUGAGCACAAAGGUCUUUGUACUAUGUUCCUCGCAAAUGCCUCAGUGGUCGGUAUUGGCCCUAAAACGCGCACCUUCCAAUAUGCGGCGUACACCUUUGAUGUCAGUAUCGCUGAAACGUACAUUACGCUCACACACGGAGGUUGCGUUUGCGUUCCUACAGAAGAAGAACGUAUGAAUGAUAUUACAGGAUCAAUUAACCGCCUGCGCGCCAAUUGGACCUUCCUUACUCCAUCAGUGGCUUCUCUACUUCAUCCCGACCUUGUUCCAACUCUGAAGACUCUCACUUUAGGUGGCGAGGCCAUUGCACGUGACCUUCACAGUCGCUGGGCUAGUCGCGUGCGUCUCAUCAACAGUUAUGGUCCAGCCGAGUGUUCAAUUUGGACUAGCAACAAUCAGUUGUCUGCUCACAGCUCUUGCAGUGAUAUUGGUGAUGGAACCAAUUGUCUGCUAUGGGUGACCGAGCCCGAUGACCACAACAGACUGGUCCCGAUUGGAUGUGUGGGCGAACUUGUCGUUCAGGGACCUAAUUUAGCUCGUGGAUACCUCAACGAUAAAGAGAAAACUGAUGCAGCCUACAUUCGGACUCCAUCAUGGCUUCGUGAAUGGGGUGGGGCUGAAGAAACAAAACGACUGUACAAAACAGGCGACUUAGUUAGACAGCGACCGGACGGUGGUCUGGAAUUUGCUGGACGUAAAGAUACUCAGGUCAAGUUCCAUGGGCAACGAAUCGAAAUAGGAGAAGUCGAGUAUCAACUUCGGGCCCACUUGCCUACCAAUACGGAGGUGGCAAUGGAAAUGAUCAAGCCUUUGAGUCAGAACAGUCGCCAAACUCUCGCCGCAUUCAUUUGCCUUGGAGAUGGUGAAAGCAAAACCACGACACUCCCAGGCGAUUCUGACUUCCUUACAGCCCCUACCGAGGCAUUCAAGGUUAUUGUCAAAGAUUUAGAAGCAUCUUUGUUGGAAUCUCUUCCUGCCUACAUGGUUCCAUCACUCUUUAUCAAUGUAAUGAGCAUUCCGAAGAAUACCUCCAUGAAGAUCGACCGCAAAGCACUUCGUGCGAAGGGACAAACUCUCUCACUGGAAGAGAUAUCAUCUUAUUCCUUUGUUUCAGGAAAUAAAGUGGCCCCUCAAACUUCUACACAAAAGAAGCUGCAUAAACUGUGGGUACAGGUAUUAAAGGUCUCAGAAAUUGCGAUCGGAAUCGAGGAUAGCUUUUUCCGUGUGGGUGGUGACUCUGUCGCUGCCAUGCAAUUAGUAACAGCUGCUCGCAAUGCUGGAAUCUCUUUGACUGUCAUGGAAAUCUUCCAAAACCCAACGAUAAAAGAAAUGGCAGUAGUGGCUAGGGAGCAGGAUUCGGAUCUCGAGCUUGAACUCAAAGUUGCUCCUUUUAGCCUUCUUCAAUCCUCGGAAGUCGAUAGCUUCGUCAACAGUAGCUCUAAGAAGGUUGGACUGUCCUCCGAGUUGGUGCAGGACAUUUAUCCUACCACUCCCCUUCAGGAAGGUCUCAUGUCUCUGACCAUGCAACAACAUGGACUGUACACGCUGCAAGCCCUCUACGCCCUCCCAAGUGAUAUUGAUAUCGCCCGCUUCCAGUCGGCGUGGGAUCAAGUAGUAGAAGAGCUAGAUAUCCUACGCACAUGUCUUGUUGACUACGAAAAUCGUGGAGCAUAUCAAGUUGUCCUACCACCCGAUGCUUGCAGGAUCCAGUGGAACUCCGGGGACAAUGUGCAAGUUUACCUAAAAAAGGAUCGUGAACUAACAUUUGACUACGGAAAACAAUUGACUCGCUAUGCCAUCGUUAAAGAAGACUCUCGUGCGUACUUUAUAUGGACAGCUCAUCAUGCUGUCUACGAUGGGUGGUCUCUAGCGUUAAUGCUUGACGUUCUUGAAAGGAAGUACAAACAGGAGAAUUCACUACCUACUCCAUCGUUCAACAUUUUUAUCAAGUGGAUGGUUGAAACCGAUGAAACGGCCACGCGAAACUUCUGGAAGUCUAAUUUCGUUGACAUUAAUGCUCUCACUUUCCCGUCUGUACCUGUUGGCUAUCGCCCGAAGGCCACGGGGGUGAAGACACACUCUAUCACCUUACCUACAAAACCAGACACUGCGAUCACUUUACCAACAAUUAUCCGAUCUGCGUGGGCAUUGAACAUUGCUCGAUACACAGGGUCGGACGAUGUUGUCUUUGGAAUGACCCAAAGUGGGCGCAACGCCCCUGUUCCAGGCAUUAGCAAUAUCGUCGCACCUCUAAUUACUACAAUCCCCGUGAGAGUCACCUUCGACAAGCAACAGUCUAUCAGUACACUUCUAGAAAAUAUCCAAAAUAACUCGAUUUCAAUGAUUCCCUACGAGCACGCCGGACUUCAGAACAUUAGUCGAUACAGUCUUGAGUGCCAGACAGCAUGCAAAUUUCAAAAUCUCCUAGUCAUCCAAUCUCAACAAGAAUCCGCUCCAAUUCCCCUGGGCAUGGAACGAAUUCCAAUUUCUGAUUUGGAGAUACCCGCUUUCGGUAUUGUUGUUGAAUGCGAAGUGGUCGAUGGGGAAGUCAUUGUCAACGCUGGUUAUGAUCCUCGAGUAGUUUCUGCUGCACAGAUGGACAACAUCAUGGCACAAUUUGAUCAUUUAACCAAGAUCCUUUGUCAGCAAGCUGCUUCUACCACAACCUUAAAUGAUUUGCCACUUCUUGGGCAAAAUGACCAACUGCAAUUGGAGGCGUGGAACUCACCACACGAGGAUCGUAUCGACCGUUGUGCUCAGGAUAUGAUUCGUGAACGUGCGCUAAUUCAGCCCGAUGCCCUUGCCAUUGAUGCGGCAGAUGGAAGACUCACGUACAAGCAGCUCGAUGACCUGUCAACUCGAUUAGCUCAUUUCCUGGUGGACAUCGGAAUCGAAUCGGACGUCAUCGUUCCUCUGUUCUUCCGUAAGUCUGCUUGGGCAAUUGUGUCCAUGUUAGCAGUGAUCAAGAGUGGUGGUGGGUUUGUUUUCUUGGAUCCUCAACACCCAGUCGAUCGUCUUGAGUAUAUCAUGAAGUCUAUCAAGGGAAGAUUUGUGAUAACUACUCCCGAAUUGAAAAAGUCCUGGCCACUCAACCUGCCGGUUCUAACCGUUUCAGCUUCAUUUUUUAGCUCUCGUCCUUCUCAUCCUGAGCCUCCCAUCGUCAAUGCAACUCCUCGCAGCAUCCUUUAUGUCAUCUUUACCUCUGGUAGUACUGGUCGACCCAAGGGCUGUAUUAUUGAACACUCUUCGUUCCUUACUGGGGCUCUUCAUCACGCGAAGCGCGGUAAAUUGUCACCCUCCAGCCGGAUCCUACAGAUAGCUCCAUAUACCUUUGACGUCAGUAUCCUAGAAACUCUAACUGGCCUCAUCUCCGGUGCUUGCAUCUGUCUUCCUCGAGCUAAACACCAGGGAGCUCCCAUCGCUGAGGUAAUCAGCGAUCUUGGUAUUACAUGGAGCUUCUUGACACCAUCUGUGGCUCGUACUGUCAGCCCAGAUGAUGUGCCAACCCUCGAAACACUUGUUCUUGGCGGCGAAGCCCUAUCAAAGAUCGAUAUUGAAACUUGGGCACCCAAGGUACGACUGUGCAAUGGAUACGGCCCCAGCGAGUGUUCAAUUGCGGUUGCCGCCAAUACAAACAUAACACGUGAAACGGAUGCAGCCAAUAUCGGUACAAAGAUGGGCUGCAACCUUUGGGUAGUUGCCUCAGAUGAUCAUGAUGUUCUUCUACCGAUUGGCGCGGUGGGCGAAUUGCUAGUCGAGGGGGCUAUCGUCUCACGAGGAUAUCUGAACGAACCAGAGAAAACGGCAGCCGUAUUUAUUGAGAACCCAGCAUGGACUGCAUCUCAACUUAGCUAUAACCGUGAUCGCCGCUUCUACAAGACGGGAGACUUGGUUUAUUUUGAAGAGGACGGCUCCGUCCAUUUCAUUGGUCGAAAGGACACUCAAGUGAAACUGCGUGGACAGCGGAUUGAGAUUGGAGAGAUUGAACAUCACGCAAGUGUUCACCCAGAUGUCAAACAUGCAAUGGUUGCUCUACCACGGUCAGGAAGAUUUAAGGAAAGCCUUGUCGCCCUCUUCUCUCUGAAAGAAGUCUCAAACAUCAACAACAGCAAUGAUGGUGAUCUCUGCCCUCUUACAGGGGCAAGCUUAGAGGACGUAUUCAAGACGCUCCCCAGUAUGAGGACCAGUCUUAUGCAACGUCUACCACCUUAUAUGGUACCAUCGACUUUCAUCGCCAUUGAAGAAUUGCCCCUUCUUCCAUCUGGCAAGAUAAACCGUACUAGGAUCACCAAAUGGCUGGAGACUAUGGACAACGAGACUCACGAAGCAAUUGCAGCUCAAAGCGGUUGUCUCGCAAGCCACGCAGCCAAUCCAAUUAAAAAAUCCAAUGCUGUUGCGCUAAGACUUUCCGAAAAGGUUACUCAACUUCUUGCCGGAAACGAUGAAGCGUACGCGGAAACAAUCCGUGGACGUAACAUUGGACUCGUCCAAGCGGGUAUGAACUCAAUCAGUGUUGUCUCUCUCGCUUCGUUUAUAAAAGAAGAGUAUGGUGUCAAACUGCCUAUGGAAAUGUUUAUGGAUAGCUCGAUUACUGUGGAGGAUAUAGCGUUGAAGGUUGAAAAUUUCGGCUCACAAGUCGACAAAAAGAAUCUCAACUUGUUGGAGGAGGUGGAUCUAGCCAUGGAAGAGCUAGAAAAGGAAGUAGGUGGUGAAUUGCAGACUAAGGCAUUGAAAGUAUCCUUGCCUAAGAAUUAUCGAUCUCGAGUUCUUCUCACAGGUGCCACUGGUUUCUUGGGAAGUGUUCUCCUUCGACAAUUGUUGGAGGAUCCUAACAUUAGCUCCGUCGUUGCCCUUGUUCGUGCCCGCGAUCAACAGCAUGCGAUGCAACGUAUUGUAUCAUCCGCAACAAUGGCGAAAUGGUGGCAACCAGAAAUCCAUGCCAGUCGACUGGAAGUCUGGGUGGGAGACCUUGCAAAACCACAGCUUGGUCUUGGUGAAAGUGAACUACAACAACUCAAAGGACAAGUUUCCCAGCGAAUUGACGCCGUUAUCCACAACGGAGCUACUGUUCACUGGGUUGCAGACUACGCAAGCCUUAAGAGCGCUAAUGUUUCCAGCGUCGUGUCUCUUCUUGCUUCCUUGGUCCAAUCUCCUACAGUUCCACCUCCACGUUUUACCUUUGUUUCUGGUGGGCACGUUGCGAUUGGUGAAGAGACAGAACUGGACGCCGCACAGCUUGCAGAAUUCAUAUCACAAGGAACCGGUUACGCCCAGAGCAAAUUUGUGGCCGACGAGGUUGUGAAACGCUUUGCCCAGAAAUACCCCUCCAUAUCUGCUACAAUUGUGAAGCCUGGUCUGAUCAUUGGUACUGCUGAAUCUGGUGUGUCGAAUGCGGAUGACUUCUUCUGGCGGGUUGUAGCCACUGCAAUCGAUACCCAGUCAUACAAUGGCGACGAACAAGAUGCCACAAUCCUUCUGGCUGGUGCUCAGCAGGUGGCUUCUUCCGUUAUUACAACAACGUUUAGCGACGAGAAGCUGCCAGUUGAGAACAACGUCAGUCACGGUAUUACCACCAAGGAACUUUGGACCAUGCUAUCUAAAGAAUUCGGGUAUAAGAUGCAACCAAUGGGUGCAAGUGACUGGUUGAAAAAGAUGACAACUGCUGUCCAUGACAAAGGUGACCAGCAUCGACUCUGGCCUGUCCUACAUUUCCUCGAAGCCACAGAAGGAUACCUGGGCCGUGUGCUACCUGAGGAAUUACGAAAGAGCUUUGGCCAUCACCAAAACGAUGAAGUCAAGGCAUCUCUACGCAGCAGCAUCAACUAUAUGCGUGGUAUUGGCUAUUUUGCUAUGGAUUCUUCUACCGCCGACUCAAUCAGCCGAACGAAAGAGUCGGGAUUCAGUCGUGGUAUCAAAAAGACGCCUUCUGGCGUGCCAACUGUAUACUCACAGGCUUGA